AUGUUUUAUAUAUUAUUACUUAUUUCUUAUGUGUAUUCCUAGGAUGAAUACUUGUGCGGAAAAGGAGAAAGAUAAUCACCCAUCAGUAUAACAGACACAUUUGAUGCUAAAUACUAUAAACUUGAAUUAAGGUUUAAAGAAGAUGUUCUAGUAGGACUGAAAGAGGAAAACACCGAAUCGAAGAGAUAUAUAUUUACAGAUGAUCCCAGUAGACAAAUACCAGAAUUUAGAAUGUUAGGACAUGAUCCUCAUGGAUUAAUGGUCGGUUAUAGACCAACAGAAUUUCAAUUGAUUGCUCCAGCCGAACAUUAGAUUUUUGAAUAAUCCUUUGAUCUAGAACUUGUUAUAUGGGGAGAUUUGCUUAAUAUUUACAAAAAUCCAAAUGUUAAAGGAGGACUCUCCUUUUUUUUCAAAGUUACCAAUUAAGAUGAAUCGAACAUUGUAAAUGAAACAUCAACCACCUUUCCUCAAAUUUUUAAUUUAACAGAAGAUGGUGAUUAAUUAUCAAUCAAUAUGAUCAAUUUAGCUGCACAUUUAAAAUUGUAUGACAAAUAUAUCACUUACAGAGGCAGUUUGACUUGGGGGGAUUGUGAUGAAAUUGUAGAUAGAUUUUUAAUACCUUAAGUGUUUCCAAUUACUUAAGAUCAAUAUGAUUAAAUAGUUUCUAAGAAAUAAAUAAGCAAUCCAAAUCCUUUACAAGAAAUAAGAAAACGAAGAAUUGUGAGGGGUAGUUUAAUAAUAGAAGAUGAAACAUCAGCAAAUUAUAAUCCAAUCUAUAGAUUUUUGUCCUUAACUUUUAUUGCAUUUUUAUUUUUUUUAAUUUUUGCCCUGUUUAUAAAAGAAUAAAGAGAAAAGAGAAGAAUGGAUCAAGCUAAAAAGUUCAAAAGUGGAAAUUGACAUUAUUUAUUUUAAUACAUAGUAAAAUAUUAGAAAUCUAUUAUAA